CCCUGCAGGAGUAGUUAUGCGCAUGUGCGAAAGUUAUCGUGAAACAGUGUAUGAAAAGGUUUUAUCUAGUUCAUACCGGUAUGGUGCAGUCGAUACCAGAUCUGAUUCUCGAAAUAAUGUCAAUAGUGCACUGAAGAGCGGGGAAAUUGGUGACUGAGCAAUUUAACAGGGAAGACGCUGACAUUCGUUAUAAGGAUUGCAGUCGUUUCUAACGUUUCUCGGCCGAUUGAUUUCAGAGCUCAUACUUUUAUUGAAUCAUUUGGAUUUUAUGAUUGACUGCUUUCACCUAGUAACACUGUUGUUCCAUUGCAUUAUCCUCAGAUAAAAAGCAUUAAAUGCUCAUUGUUUUCCGUCUGCUGUACUGACAAGUCUCCCAUCGGAUUUAAGGAUCGGGCAACUAAAAGAAUGGAGAAAAAUAAUUUACCAAAGAAAAACCGACAGACCACGGCCUUUCAAAAGACACUAACAGCGGACAAGUACACCACAACUCUUGGUUCCUACUGUGAGUGGGACCGAGAUGUUAACCUUGCACCACCUGAUUUUGUUGAGGAGCCGCCGGAAAACGAUAAACACAUAUACAACUACUACGAUGCCCUACAGUAUUCUCUGUACGAAACAAACUACCCGGAAACGGAAGACAGAACGAUGAAUCCUAGAACGUCGCCGCCCGAUACCGGGAUUUCCAUUGUCAUUUUAUCGUCCCCUGUAGAAUGUAUGGCCAUCUUGCUGGACGGAGGUCGAAGAUGUCCCGGGGAUAUGCUUCUUGUGAUGUCAAAGUCAUGGUUAACAGUAUCUCCAAGUAACCAUGACCCAACGUUGAACACCCUGUAUGUUCACAAAGCCAUAACAUUUGAUACAGGAGGGAGAACGUUCAUUGACGUGUUUGAUCCACCCAGACGAGUUACAUACUUCGUGAACUUUUUCACACGUGCAAUUACAGAUGGUCAGACUGGGGAUGGAGAGGGGUUAGAGGUCAACCUUGACUGUCCGAUGUCCAGCUCGCAAAAGCUCGUGAAGCGAACUGAUGACACGUUGUGGACGCGGGUCCUAAUGGCUGAAGCAGGUGUCGCUUACCCAGAAACUCUGGCCUUUGGCUAUAAAAUUCCAUACGAGUACAACGUACCAAAUGAUGCCAAAAUUAAAAUGAUUAAGUUGGUGUCCAAGGAGGGGAUAGACAAUGUUGUGGAGGAGGAAAUUCUGUCAUACAUAAACAGCCUUGACGGAAGUGUAGAUCGGAUUGUAGUCAAACCAUCCGGAAUAAGAUGGCAUGGCAGUAUGGGUGUAUCGUAUCACAGCAGAAUGGAUUCCAAGAGUAUUUGUGACGCUGCUAUUCAGGUUAUGCAGACUUUAGAUCCUGGAGACGGUGUUUUAGUUGAAGUCUUCUGUGACUCGUCUGAAGAAGAUAACGAAAUGAAGGAUUUUUCCUUUCGUCUUCGCGCCAAUGUGUGUCGUGGUCCAAACAAUAAACCAGUGACAACCACCCUUAUUUGUGGAGUCGGAAGAAAAAAGUAUCCAAUCAAUGGCGCCAACACAGAACCACAGUCAUUAGAAACUACUUUGAUUCAGUGGGGCCUUGAACAAGAAAGUGAACAGAUAAUCGAAACUGUUAAGAAAGGAUCACAGAAUCUCCUCAGAAGCAUAAUCAACCAUGAAAAUGCGCUAACGGUGGCCGAAAAAGGAGGCAUCGAAGCACAAACAGACGUUAUAGGAAUUGACUAUAUCCUAAGUAAAAGAGGUGGAAAAUACGUCCCCUUUGGAAUAGGAGUCAACUCUCAUGAUUGCACCAUCAAUUGUCAGCUUUACGAGUAUCUGAAUCCGUAUUUGGCUGGAGAGUCCGUGGGACCACUGGUGGAAACGAUGAUUGAAAGAUCUCAAAAGUUCAUGUUGCAGGGUAAAACCAUUCUUGUCCUCAACCUGUGCUUAAACAGCAAGAGAUAUAUACUGAAGGCUGCAGAAAAGGACAAAAUAAAGAUUGUUCUUGUUGACACAUUUCCAAAAGAGUUGGCUCCUAUCGUCAGCCAAUAUAUUAGGUAUGAGUUUUCAGACCACCGUAAGGAUGAAGUACAUGCUGAGAACAUAAUACAAAUUCUUCAACAGCAACAAAUUAGCAUUGAUGGGUGCUGUACCUUCUGGGAAGACUGCGGGCCUCUAGCUGCCCUGAUCAACGAGAGAAUGUGUCUUACAGGUGCUGGAGUGGAAAGUGCCAAGAUUGCCAAGAAGAAAUCCAAAACACACCAAACAUUGUCCUGUCGAACGGGGGAUAUUCCUCAUUUUCCUAGAACGUAUUUGUAUACGGAAAAAUGUGUGCAUGUGAAUGAAGUUGUCAAUCUUCCAUCGGCUGUUGCGGAAGUAGAUCUUCCUUGCAUGUUGAAGCUGGAGUAUGGCUCUAGUGCAGUAGGGGUGAAGCUCUGUUGUGACCUUGCCGAAUGUAUCCAACAUUUCAACGACCUUAGAGACAAACUUACCUGUGAAUCUGAUUAUCCAGGAAUUGGACUCGGACACGGUAACAGCAUGAUGGUCAUGAAAUAUAUUAAAGGGACAGAGCAUGAUGUAGAUUUAGUCAUCUACAAACGAAAACUCGUUGUAGCCUACGUAUCCGACAACGGCCCUACUCGAUCGGGAUCUUUCACGGAAACCGCUGCAUGCAUGCCCUCAUGUCUCCGUCCAGAUAAGCUUAGUCAGCUCAUUACGGCAGCUUACCAAUGCUGCACGGAGAUCGGAUUGAAAAAUGGCGUCUUUAAUGUCGAAAUGAAAAUGACACCAACUGGACCAAAACUCAUUGAAAUCAAUGCUCGAAUGGGAGGCUUCUACAACAGGCACUGGAUCUUAAAGUGUUAUGGGGUUGAUAUGGUCAGGUAUGCUUUCAUGAUAGCAAGUGGCAUAAAGCCUGCAACCCCCACGGUACAGCCCUCAUGUCAUAUCAUGGGCGUGAUGUGUGUACCAUCCGUACACACCGAAGUCUUUAGAAGCGAAGAAUUUAUGGACAAGGUGGAGGCUUUCAGGAGUCAAAGCGACGUCAUUUAUACUCUGAUUGAAGAUGAUUUGAGUCAUGCAACUUCUGAUGCGGAAGAGCCACUUUGCAACAUCGCAGUUUGCGCUGAAAGUAGAAGUUCAGCGAAAGAAAAGCUAUUGCAACUUUGUAACACUCUGAAAGUUACAAGCACAAAAUACGAUGUAGAACACUAUUUGUCAGAUUUCAGGUGACGUUUACAGUUUUCGUUGUAGUUCGUUUGUAACUUUUAAUUUUAUAAUUGGUUUAGCAACAUCCUUUAUUCUUCAACGCCUUGCUUGUUACGUAAAGCAUAGUUAUGAUAGGAGAGCUUGAAGUUUUUGUUAUGGCGUCGUGCGGUAGCUCGAAAGUCAUAUAGCGAUCGAACGGCCUCAAAUUCUUUAUGCAACCGCAGCUGAUGUUCUGUCAAUCCUUCCGCCAAAAAAGUAGUUACUUUUACAGAAGAAAUAAAAUACAUGACAUGACAAUAUUGAUACAAACCACAAGGAAUUCAUAUAAAUGUAGAAAUCUUACAUUAUUUUAGUCCAUGAACAACAUCAUCUCUCUUUAUAUAUAUGAAACACAGCAUGGAAAUUGUAGCGGAUGAAGAUAUUGGCCUCUGUAGGUAACGGAAAUGGCCGAGUUCAGAAGGCGCGAAAGUAAAUACGUAUCAAAUGAUAUCUGCAGUUUGAGAAAUAGGAAAAAUCAUUCAUAAAAAAAAUGUUACAAUUAUCUGAAAGAUAUGAAAAAUUGCAAAAAGUAGUUAAAAAUUAUUAUUCAGUUUCAAUAUCAAUGCGGACUAUAUUUCGUGAAUUCACGUGAUGUCUGAGAAGGCGUGGGUUUGUAGAAGAAAGAUUAUGGAGUGGAAUUACGUCAACUUGAUUUAUUCCUUGAGUGUAGCAUUGAAAAGAUAUUGGAAGAAUGACUAAAUUUCCCACGAACAGUAUGUGAGUCAAUUAACUCUUAAUAUUGAUAAGGCGACAAACUUAAUUAUCAUAUAGAGACAAAAGCUAGAGAGUCCCAGAUUAGAAUAACAAAAUACGGAAUGAGCUGUCAGAGUCAAUUAUGUGCAGGUGUUUUUAAUCUAUCAAAUAAUGUUGAUGAACAUUCAGGAAUUUGAUUGAACUUUUAUAGAUAUUAAUGAAAAUUUACUCUUACCAUAUUCCUCUUGAUAUAAAACUCGCCC